AUGCCUUUUCAACGUCACAUUAUACGGAGAGGGAGCUGCAGGAGUGGGCCUCUCUCUCUCUGCUCUCAUGUGGGGUGGGCAUUUCAACAUCCGCGGCGGCUUUAUGGGACGCAACCAACGCCGUGGCAAUCGGAGGAUCGCGUGUCAAAUUGGUGUUGUAGGCUCUGGGGUCUUCGAGAGGGCUGCUGGGGCGAUUCUCCCUCACUUCCAUCACCGGCUUCGAUGCCAUCGUGGACAUCGCCCCAUAGCGGCCUCGGUCGGGAGCUGUUGAGCGAGGUCGAGUGCCAAAUAAAGCUUGCGGAGGAGUUGAAGGCUGUGAUGAUUGGGGAAAAGGGACGGUUGCCAGAGUCCCUUGUGGAAUCGGUGUGGGACAUAUACGAGUCCAUUAUUCCGCCCGAUGUGGCAACGGACAUUGCCCGAUAUGUAACACCUACGCAAGAAAUUAAGUUUUUUGAGUUUAUAGGGCUUUUGGCAGAACUUGACAUUAAUCUCGCGGACGUCAAGGCGGCGACGGAGAAAUUGACCCGAUGCGUCGGUGUCAUUGAGACGCUCCAUGCGGAUGUGAAGCGGGGCGAAGAGAGGGAUGGGGAACAGGACAAUGGCGCCAGCAGUAGCGAGCUUGCGUCGGAUGCCGCAAUGCUAUCGGCAAAACUAGUCACGGCAAAGAACGAGUUGCUUCGGCAGUGUGUCGCUGUAAGUCAGGCGGGAUCUCCGGUACAUUACCUCUGGUUGAGACAGAGUGCGUCGUUAGAACGUGGAAUGAGGCGGCUUAUGGACUUGCGUCGUUGUGUCACCUAUUUCAAAAGUCGAUGUCGUGAGCGUCUUGCGGCGCUUCAGACUGAUGGAAAGCAAGAGGGCCAGCAGCUCUCCGCACCAGUGACUGUAGCCGCGAGGAGGGAAAAUAUGGAUCUAUGGAUCGCGCGACAGCGUCAUGUGUCUUCGAUAGAUGGUGCGUUAGAGUUUUUGUUUAGUGAUUUCUUUGCGAAGGAGUGGCUUGUGAUGGAGGAGCUAACGUGGCACUCGACCCCGCCGUUGUUACUCGAAAAGGUGAUUGCUGCAGAGGCUGUGCAUCCCUUUUUUAGUGGCCUUGUCGACAUGAAGCAGCGAUUGCAGCCGACCAAGAAUCGUCAUCUUUUUGCCUUUUUCCAUCCUGCUGUGGUGGAGGAGCCGUUAAUCGCCGUUCAGGUAGCCUUAACGCGCGGGAUCGCCGGCUCAGUGGAUCGCAUUCUUGGACGACCAUCGCCCCUCGACAAUCCGCAACGAGAAUUAGGAGAUGCAUGCACUUAUGACACUCGUGGUUGUAAUGAUGGCAGCUGUAGUGAUGGGGUGGACACGGCCAUAUUCUACAGCAUCAACUCCGCUAAUUCUGCACUGCGGGGCUUUAAUCUUGGCAAUUUGCUUAUCAAGCGCGUGGUGCGGGAGAUUGAGGCGAGACUCAAUGCGGAGCGGCGUGCGGAGGGUUUAUCUUUGAUCACAACGUUUUCCACGCUCUCGCCUAUUCCCGGCUACAUUCCGUGGCUGACCACACAGGUGGCCAAACUGCAGCAGGACGUUCUUGAAUGCCGUGACGGUUCCUCGGCGGGGGGCUUGAAAUUUUUAAAUCACCGCAUCUUUGGUGAUUCAAAAGAUGAUGAGGCGUGCUUGUUUUCACAGCUUCGCGAGGCCGUGCUACAAUUUGUGAGUCGUCAUCCGGAUAUCCACGCAGAUCUUGCCGCACAUCUUCUUUCUAAGUGCUCGAAUGGCGCAACAGGAGUGGCAAACUUGUUUACCAUGCAGUUUUUGCUCCGCCUGUUUCAAAUGCCUGACGUUGACACAAAUAGCCAUCAUCAUCAUCAUGUGUGGUGGGAGGACAGUGACCUUACACGUGCCAUUGAGUUGCCGUUAUUGCGUUCUGUGGCCCAUUAUCUCUACAAGGAGAAGCGACGAGGUCGCAUUCUUGACCAAGUUGGAAAUUUUCACAUUUCCAACGGGGCAACAAUGUGGCGACUAAAUUACUUGGGCAACUGUAGCGUCGCUGGCAGCCGUGAGAGUGCUACAGUGAUGGUGAACUACCUCUACGACCCAGCACGAGUGAGUGAGCAGGUGAAUGCAUAUGAGGUUCAACGUACCGUGUCUGUUGGGGAGAAGGUCCUGCAACACCUUGGCACAAUAUGA